UUUCCGGAUUGUAUCCGUUGCCAUGGCGUUCGACGAAGUCCCUGCCGAGGUCCUCGACCUGUACGAGGCGUGGAUCGGUAAGACGCUCGUGCCCAAGCCGACCACUGCGCGCGACGGCGAUGACGCGACCUGCGUCUACGAAGAAGACAUAUCGUACUCGCCCUAUCGCAUUUGCGUCAACGGGCGUGCGACGCGCGACUUCCACCCGCACCGCCUCAACUUUGACACGGAAAACAACGUUGUCCGGCGCGUCUGGCGCGGCUAAUAACCCCCGCUAUCAACAUCAGCGCUGAACAUUCGCUCUCUCC